AUGGGGUGGUUCUCUUUUUUCCUAGCCUCUCUAACGAUAGUUCUGUCUGUUUCGCAGGCAAAUUCACACUAUCAGCCCCCAAAUACCAAACAAUUCCUGGCUUGUUUCGAAACUUAUUUAUCAUCAAAUGAAAGCGUGAUCACCCCAGGAAACGCCUCAUACACCUCUCUCUUAAACCUGCAUAUUCAUAACAAACGAUUCAAGACACAAAACACACCAAAACCUGUUGCCAUCGUGCUUGUCCGAAGUGAAUCUCACGUCCAGGCAACAGUUAGAUGCGCCAGAUCAAACGGCAUUCAGGUUAGAAUCCGAAGUGGUGGCCAUGACUAUGAGGGUCUUUCGUAUGUCUCAGACGUGCCCUUCGUCAUUGUUGACAUGUUUCCUCUUAGUAUUGUUAAUGUUGACGUGGGAACGGGCAAUGCAUAUGUUCAGGCUGGAGCCACAGUUGGUCAGAUUUAUUACGAAAUAGCACAGCAAAGCAAGGUGCAUGCUUUCCCAGCAGGGGUGUGUUUAUCUUUGGGUGCUGGUGGCCACUUUUCUGGUGGUGGAUAUGGCAAUUUGAUGAGAAAAUAUGGUCUUUCUGUGGAUAACAUCAUUGAUGCAAACAUGGUCGAUGCCAAUGGUACUUUUCUUAAUAGGAAGUCCAUGGGAGAGGAUGUAUUUUGGGCCAUAAGAGGAGGUGGUGGGGCCAGUUUUGGUGUCAUAACUUCAUGGACGAUCAAAUUGGUCCCUGUGCCUCCACAAGUGACAGUGUUCAAAGUGAAAAAAUCUGUGAAAGCAGAUGCAACUGGUGUUGUCUACAGAUGGCAAGAAGUUGCACCAAAACUAGACAGAGAUCUCUUCAUAAGGGUGGAGCCUGAAGUGGUGAAUGGAACAGUGAUAGUCUCUUUCAUCGGCCAAUAUUUAGGCCCAGUUGAAAGGCUUAUUCCUUUGGUGAAUGGGGUAUUCCCUGAAUUGGCUUUGAAUAGAAGUGAUUGCACAGUAAUGCCUUGGGUCAAUUCCACUCUUUUCUGGGCUGAUUUCCCAAUUGGUACCCCUAUUCAAGCUUUGCUACCAACUUCUCGGGAGCCACCAACAAUCUACUCUAAGGGCAAGUCAGAUUAUGUGAAAACCCCUAUCCCUAAAGAGGGCAUAAAAAAAAUUUGGGAUUUUAUGACUAAAUAUAACAACAUUUGGAUGCAAUGGAACCCUUAUGGAGGGAGAAUGGGGGAGAUUUCGCCAUCAGCAACCCCUUUUCCUCAUAGGGCAGGGAACUUGUUCCUGAUUCAAUACUUUGUGUUUUGGAAAGAAGAUGGUCCUGAGGCCUAUAAUCGGUUCAUGAACUAUUCGAGGUCGUUCUAUGAGUUCAUGACCCCUUUUGUUUCUAGGUCUCCAAGGGAAGCAUUUCUCAAUUAUAGGGAUAUUGAUGUUGGUGCCAAACAUGCAAGUAAUUCCACAAGCUUGAAAGAUGCUAGCCUAUAUGGAACCAAGUUCUUCAAGGAAAACUUUGAUAGAUUAGUGAAAGUCAAAACAAUGAUUGAUCCAGACAAUUUCUUUACCUAUGAACAGAGUAUACCACCAAACUCCGGCUAG